AUGGCGUGGGAUCACCUAGACAUCGACAAGCCGCAUUUGGCUUACAUGAUCAUCGGCGGUUUCACAGGCUUAUUUAUGCUGUGCUCGCUUUUCGUCAAGGAAAAGCUGUACAUCGGUGAAGCUACCGUUGCCACACUUUGUGGCAUCAUCUUCGGCCCUCAUGCGGCCAAUCUAUUCAACCCGCACGAAUGGGGAAAUGUUGAUAAAAUCACCCUUGAGUGCUCACGCAUUGUACUUGUCGUACAAUGUUUUGCCGUCGGCGUCGAGUUGCCUAAGGCCUACAUGGAACGCCACUGGAAGUCGGUCACCUUGCUGCUGAUCCCAGUUAUGACUUUUGGUUGGCUGAUUACUAGUCUAUUCAUCUGGUGGAUGGUACCUCCAUUGAACUGGCUCGAAAGUCUGGUGUGUGCUGCUUGUGUUACGGCUACCGAUCCUGUGUUGGCAUCGUCCGUUGUUGGUAAGGGAAAGUUCGCCAAGCGUGUGCCCAAGCAUUUGCGUGACUUGUUGUCUGCCGAAUCUGGGUGUAACGAUGGUAUGGCUUUCCCAUUCAUUUACCUAUCCUUUUACAUCUACCACUACCGACCCCAGGUCGGCGAGGUCUGGCUGAACUGGUUCUGUAUCACUGUUCUUUACGAAUGUAUUCUGGGUGCUAUCUUUGGUUUCACCAUCGGCUACCUCGCGCGCCAUGCUAUCAAGAUGGCUGAACGCAAGGGCUUGAUUGAUCGUGAGAGUUUCCUGGUGUUCUACUUCGUGCUGGCUGUCUUUUGUGCUGGCUCAGGCAGUUUGCUGGGUAUGGAUGAUUUGCUGAUUGGAUUCGCCUGCGGUGUCGGGUUCAGUAAUGAUGGUUGGUUCACGGAGAAGACUGAGGAAUCUCAUGUCUCCAACGUUAUCGAUCUUUUGCUUAACUUGGCAUACUUCGUUUACUUCGGAUCCAUCAUCCCGUGGGAGGAUUUCAACGCCCCCGAGCUCGGCCUCACCCCGUGGCGACUAGUGGUGAUCGCGCUAUUGGUCAUCUUCUUCCGUCGCAUUCCAAUCAUGCUCCUUCUUAAACCAAUUAUACCGGACGUCAAAACGUGGCGUGAAGCUCUAUUCGCUGGCCAUUUUGGACCUAUUGGUGUCGGCGCUAUCUUUGCUGCCAUUCUCGCACGAGCAGAACUAGAACACGACAACACACAACCGUCGCCCGAGAAUGAGCUACCAGAGCCGGGAACGAGCAAUUAUUACAUUGUAAGACUCAUUUGGCCCAUUACUACGUUCAUGGUCAUCUCGUCUAUCCUGGUUCACGGAUCGUCUAUUGCAGUCUUCACUUUGGGCAAACGCAUUAACACCUUGACUAUCACCCUGUCAUAUACCCAAGCCAACGAGGAUGGACCAUCAUGGAUGAACCGUUUGCCUCGUGUACAGUCCAUUGCCAAGGGCUCUAUGUCAUUCCGCAAGGCGGACGAUACAGAUGCUUCCUCAGACGAGAAGCUGCCCGAGUAUCCCCCUGGGACACUACCCCCCAUUGGAAUGCCAGGCAACUUCCUUCGCCGACAGCGCGAUGAGGAGGGAGACAGUGAGUCACAAAGCCUUGAGACUGGUCGUCGUAAGCCCCUGCGCAGACGCCGUCGCAAGCAUGACAGUGGCGCUGGAGGUCCAAUCAGUCAGUCCGCCAUCAUGCCGGCUCCCCGACGCAACGAGAACGAGAUCGAUACCGAGGAGGAGAAGAAAGAGCUGGAAGAGCGUGACCGCGUCGAACGCGGAGCAUCUCCACCUCACGCUGAGCGAGAUAACUUCGGUCGUGAGCCAGAGCUGGAAGUCUACCAAGAAGGCCAUAACAUGAUCAUCGAGGACGAGGAGGGCAAUGUUCUCAAGACCGAGGAUACCACAAACUUGUCUCCGGAAGAAAAGCUUCAACAUAUUGAGAAGCAGCGAAAGCGUUUGGAGCACGACAAAUCCGGAGAAUUUGCAGCAUCCGAGAGUCGCCCUCACGAAAAGAAUGAGGGCGAAGAGAUCAAGCAGACCGUCGAAGGAAAGAUCGGCUACGGAAAUGCUAUCAAGAAAUGGACCAACUGGACCGGCCUCGGAAAAGAGAAAGCCAAGGACACGCCCGAAAAGAAAGAGAAGAAAGAGAAGGCCGAGAAGCCUCCCAAGGCUGAUUCUGCUAAGCCCAAGGCUCGCUCUGCUCAUGCGUACCAGUUUGGCAACACUAUCAUCGUUGAGGAUGAGGACGGUGAAGUGAUUAAGAAGUACACCAUUCCCGCCGGCGAGAAGGGUGAGAAGUCCCAGAAGGAGGCCACUGCCCCUGGUCAACCUCCAGUACGCCGUGGUUUGACUCGUAUGGGAACUUGGUUCGGCAUGGAGGAGGAAGGCGAAUCGUCCCAAGCUGCCAACGAAAAGAAGAAGAAGGGCCAGCAAUCCGACGAGUGGACUACUGACGAUGGUUUGCGUUUCACCGUGGCUCAGGACCCCGAGGUCAGCUCUCACGGUAUCGGCCACAAGGGCAGGCGCAUGAACAAGCAAGAAUUCUUCCAACAAAUCAAGGGCUUGGAUGCCAAGGCCCGCCGCGAUCUGGUGCAGGAAACCGACGCUCCACCUCCCGUCCAGAAGGUGGCCCAGGCCGAAGCCAACCAGGAAGUAAAGCAGGAAGAGAAGCACGAACGACGUCUUUCCGCCGCUCUUGUCUCUGCUACCACAGGUACCCUUCCUCAUGAAGAUGCCGAGGGUCUAGAAUCUGCGUCUGCCACUGAUAGCGAGAGCGAUGAGGGAUCUGAUGACCGUCGCGGUGCUCCCAAUGUGGCUUCAUCAUUGGCCAAAUUCUCGCGAGGUGGUACCUCCGCCGCUCAAGAGCGUCGUAACAACCUCAGUCCUGCGCCUCCUCUCCGUGAUCGACCUCGUCGCGAUUCUGACGACGAUGGCACUGAGCGUAUUCCACCUUCUCGUCUCCGUAGAGCCGCCGGUUUGACUGCUCCUCCUCGCCAAGAUGAUGACGACACAGGAGAAACUCCCGCUGAGCGUCGCCGUCGUUUGGCAGCUCUGGGUGUGGACGGUGAAGACUCCGAGGAUGACUCCGACGUUGAAUAUGUCGACGACGACGAGGCCAUCGCUGAAUCUGACAUCGAAGAGGGCGAAAAGUCAAGCCAAGCUACGCCCAAGAUCCAAUUUGCAGAAGAUCGGAAGCCAUCCGAGCAAGACAAGCCUUCUCCAUCUGGCUCUGGAUCUGGUUCGGGCUCUCAGUCUGCCUCCCGUCAUCGUCCUCGCGUCUCCUGGGGCGGCGAAAAGGGACGCAUUCCUUGA